ACAGCACAUUGUCUCAACAACAACUAUAAGCCUGAUAUCCACAGCCAAUAUAAGCAGGAUUGCGCUGAGAACAGUCUCAUAAAGGCCCAAUUAUCGACCUCGCGGCUGCCUCUGCAUCUAAAAAUGGUGCGGCGCCCGGGCAUGAGCCUGGGUUGCUCAACAUGCCGACGACGUAAAAUCAAGUGCGAUGAAACACAGCCAAAAUGUCGUCGCUGCCUGAUUGAUGGAAGGGACUGUUCCGGCCCAGUGUCGGGUAACGUAUUCCUUGCAUCUGACGUACGAAACCCAAGGAAGUCAACUAGGAUAGAGAACAAUACAAAAACCUCGCCCCAGCGUGAAACAAAAACAAUUUCAUCCGAUACCCUUACAAUUUCAAACGCGAACUUUUUCAUGGUCCCACAAGCUAGUGACCUAUGUCAAACCCAAUUAGUCUCGUGUUUCCUGUUAUUCUUCGGCAGGACUGCCAUGAACAAAGGGAAGAGUCAGUCUUGGCUAGUUUCUUGCGCGUCUGACGUGGAUUUUAGCUUAUUGAAAGGCUGGGAUGCAUCUAUAUCCGCUGCAGCACUAGCCUUGUACGUGACCAACUCUCAAAAUUGGAAUGCAGUGAUGCAAUUCUACGAGUGGUAUGAUCGAGGGAUCCAGUAUCAACAUGAACUGCUACGUAACCGAGCAGGAUAUCUCUCAUUUGAAGAAACGGAGCGGCAUGUUGUGUAUACAAUACUCUUGGCGUAUUGUGACGCCAUUAUACCCACAUCCAGAAAUUCCUUUUCUCAACAUGUCAAAGCGGCUGUGGCUCUAUUGUGUACAGUUGGCCCCUAUGCCUGUCAAUAUGAUCGGUUGCAUGGUAUUUUCCUGACUUUGAGAUCUCAUAUGGUACACAUAUGUCUCACGGAGUCGAUAACAACCCUUCUUGCCUCGGCAACAUGGACUGAUAUCCCAUUCCACAAUAAAUCGAAACGACCCUUGGACUUUGUUAUCGAUUUUCUCCUUCAACUUCCCAGCAGCGAAUCCCUACCAUCGUACUCGAGUAAUAUUAUAACAGAGGACAGUAAUAUCAACGUACUCAUAUCUCUGUGGCUCUAUGUUACGGAAACAUACAGUGACUGUCUAUGUGGCAACCAACUAUUAACUGAAAGCGAGACAGCAGAGAAACAUCCCUUUUGGGAUUAUGUUGCUCUUAGAAUUGAUUACCGGGACUCUGAAGUUGCGGUUACAUUGGCAUUAUAUAGCCUAUCCUGGAUACUGGUACUUGCAAACACUCCCCACUCCGACUUGAUUACCACCAAAUACGAACUAAUUGCGGCUCAUUGUAAUACGAUAUUGACGGCGGCGGCAUUCAUCGACUCUAUUGAUGCUGGGUGUGGUUAUAUUCGAAUUGUGCACCCUUUGAGAGCAAUUGUUUUGCAUAGCGACAACUCUGGACAAAAGGAAAGGGCUGUAUUUUAUCUGAAAAAGUGGGGAUCGAAAAUCCAGCUUCUUAGAACCGCAUGUCUUGACCUUCAAUGAUUUUCUGCUCCAAGUAUUCAUGUAUUUGUAACGCCUCACGCUUUAGACAUUUCCCAUGAAAUUGAUACCUAUAUCCAGACUUAUAA